CUCCACGACGCGUCCCUCCCUCCCUCCCACCGCGGACUCCGCCACCAACCGCCUCCUCCUCUUUCCGCUGCAGCUGCUGCCGUCACACUAGCUACCGAAACCGUCGCCGUCGCCGUCCUCCUCCUCCGCUCCGCCGCCCGCCUCGACUCCGCCGCCGCAAUGCCGGAGGAGAAGGAGUACGUCGCCGUGCCCAUGGGCCAGGCGCCGGAGCCCGCGGACCCCGAGGACCCCGUCAAGUCGCCGCCGCGCCCCACCUCGCCGGCCACCUCCACCCGCCAGGCAUGCUUUGCGGUCCUUCAAAGCUGGGUGUCAAGAAAAUUUAUGACUGGAUGUGUAGUUAUUUUCCCAAUGGCUGUGACAUUCUUCAUCACUUGGUGGUUUAUUCGAUUUUUCGAUGGAUUUUUCAGUCCACUCUAUGCAAAGCUUGGAGUUGAUGUAUUUGGCCUUGGGUUUGUGACAUCUCUGGUAUUCAUAUUUAUUGUUGGAAUAUUUGUGUCAUCAUGGGUGGGCUCAACUGUCUUCUGGGUUGGAGAAUGGUUUAUAAAGAAAAUGCCAUUUGUAAGGCACAUAUAUUCUGCAUCAAAGCAAGUUAGUACUGCUGUUUCACCAGAUCAAAAUACAGCAGCAUUUAAAGAAGUGGCAAUAAUUAGCCAUCCCCGUGCUGGUGAAUACGCAUUUGGAUUCAUAACAUCGAGCAUGAUUCUUCAGACUGACAAAGGUGAUGAAGAACUGUGUAGUGUCUAUGUGCCAACCAAUCAUCUAUAUAUUGGUGAUAUCUUUUUGGUGAACUCUGCUGAAAUUAUAAGGCCCAAUCUGUCCAUUCGAGAAGGGAUAGAAAUAAUUGUUUCUGGAGGAAUGACCAUGCCGCAGGUGAUUACAGCGCUAGGACCUGCCCCUGAUAAGAACGAGGGCACCCGUUUAAGCAGAAUGAUGACUGUCUGAAGCUUCAGAUAUCGCCAGCAUAUCUCAGGUAUUGACAUUUAACCUUUGUAGAUGUUUACAGCUACUAAAGGAAUGCCAAAGUCAUGGUUGAUGCUACAUCUGAUGUACAAUUUGUAGAUUAGAAGCUGGAACACAAGGACUGUGCGAUAGAGUAAACACCGGUUGUAUAUUAGGCGGGUUAGAAAUUAAAGUGGGGUGCUGAUGAUAGUCGCGCAGCACACCGCACUUAGGUGGCUUACUGAGAUUACUGAUAAUGGUUUGUGGUUCUUAUGUGCUCACAGAAUGAGUGCUUAGUUACUCAUGUUAGGUCAUUACAAUGUAACUUCAACUGAGACAGGUUAAUUUUUUUUAACUUUUGAUUGAUGCUA